AAGAAUGGGUAAUAACCGACUCGGAAAAACAGAGGUUGAUGUCAUGUACUGUCACCGCAUGCCCUCAUGCCAGCCAUGACCCAUGACAUCCACGCUCCGUCUGCGCCUCGUACCCGCUCAUCUACCUGCCAUACGACUGCCGCACCAGUGCCCAUGUGCGACCGACUUCCAAUCAAAAGGGAGGUAUCGAAGCGCGUAGCCCAUGGAGAGUAAGAGAUUCCUUUUUUACUAAUAUUCAUGUAUAAUAAGCUCGCCCCCCGACCACGCCCAUCGCAGCAGCAGCAGCGGGAAAAAGUGGCCCCUUUAUAGCUCCGAGAAGGCAACUGAGAAGAAGAGAGACCUGACCAGUAGAUAUAUGUCGGUUGUCGCCGGUCGGCUGUUGUUGUUGUUGUUGUUGUUCUGCUUCCUCUUCGCAGCGAACGGAGCACGACCGGUUCUAAAGAGGUUUGACCCACUUCCUUCUCCUCCUCAUUGUUCUUCGUCAGUGUGCAUGAAACAGAGGCUGCUGCUCCUGGAUUCCAUGCGCUUCAAACACACCUGGGCUGGUUUUGGAUUCGGAGUGAAGUAUUUGGGUUUCCUGCACUUAGAUCGGCGUUUUGGCCUUGCCUUCACUUGACGCGUUCGGGUUGUGGUUCCGAGGAAGAGAAGAAAGAAGAAAGAUGGGUGCUUUGUGUGAAGGCCGGAUGAGGAGGAACAGGAAAACGAAGAAACUGGAUCAGUUGGACUCGUCCGGUUCGAAUCCGACGAAGAAAUCGGAGGGGUCGGCUUCUUUCGAGCCCGAUUUAUGGAAGAAGACGAACGGUCGGAUUGAGGCGGUGAGAAAGGUUCGUGUCUUCUUCGCCGACCCCGAGGCCACCGAUUCCUCCGGCGAAGACGAGGAUGAGAAACUUGGGACCAGACCCAAGAAGAGGAAGCGAGUUUUGUACGAGAUCGCUUUGGUCCCUGCACCUAAAAUCCUAAAACCCCCCAUCACAUCACACCUGAAGGCGCCGCCGAAAUCGGUGACCUCCUGCAACCCCGCUGCUACCGAGACGCAGAAGGGUGUGCGGCAGCGGCGGUGGGGGAAGUGGGCGGCGGAGAUCAGGGACCCCAUCCGUGGCGUCCGGCUCUGGCUCGGCACCUACGCCACCGUCGAGGCGGCAGCCGAGGCUUACCGAACCGCCGCGUGUCGGAUCGAGGAGGAGAAACGUGGCUUGCUACACCAACUCUGGGACACUUGGGACGACGGCGCCUCGGCCGCGAGUUCCGUCUCGUCGUCCUGCGUGUCAGCGCCGGCGCCGCCCUCUCCGUCCUCCGUGCUCGAUGUUUCAUUAUCCGCCAAGGGGAAGGCGGUGGCGGCAGCGGAUUGGCUGGGGGAGCCGGUGGUGCCGGAGAUGGAGUUUGGGCUGGACGAGGAGCCCUUUUUGGUGGGCGAACUCGGCGAGGACUUGAUCGGGCUAGGUGAUUUGCCGCUGUGGGAGCAGCAGUUGGACGGUGGCGAUUUCUCCUUCCUCGAUUCGUAGUCCAUCCGACGCCUUUCGUUAUUUCCAGCUUCGAAAUGUGGUGUUUUCUAUUUCGUUAAAAUGUAAAUGUGUUGGAAAAAAAAUCCAAUAUAUGUCCUAUUAUUAUAUAUAAACCACUGUUAUAUGUUUCCGAGUUAUAUGCAUGUCGUACAUCAUAUCAUCCUA